GGACUUUGCAACAGGGUCGCUGCAACCCGCUGGCGUCAACUUGCAGUUUACUGUAGUCAUUUCUGGGGCUUUGGACAGGGGGAGACGGCGAGGCAAGUGUGGAGAGACAAGUCAGGUGUGGCGCCACUCCUCAGGGGAGUUCGCCCUCUUCCCAGCGCUCUGACCUGAGAUCCGCGUUCAGAUUGCUCCUACUCUCCCCCGCGGGCUGGGGAGGAGGUGUGGUCGCCGGAGGCUUCAGUCAACGGGAGCCGCGAAGAGGAUAUAACUGCCGCGGAGAAGCAAGGGGGAGGCCGAACAGUGGAUCCAUUUUACGCACGGACGAGGAUGGCGGCGGCGGACGCGGAUCAGCUGGAGGCGGCGGCGGCGGCGGCGGCUUCGGACUGGCGGCCCGCUCUAAUGCAGCAUCCCGUUAGCUCGGCGCUGCUGGCAGCCGCCGGGGUCCUGCUGGGGCUGUGGUGGCUGCUGCCCCGGCAGCCGCUGCAGCGACUGCCGCCGGGUCCCAGGCCGUGGCCUUUGGUGGGCAACGUCGCCUACGGCCUGAUGCCCAGGCUGAUGCUGCCCAGGCGACACAAGGGCGACAGACGCCACUUCCACCGCACGUACGAAGGUGGCGGCGAUGACCCCCGGUCCUUUGCGGCCCAUCUGUUGCUGACCGAGAUGGCAGAGAUCUACGGUAGCAUCUUCACCUUCUUCAUAGGCAGUCGCCCCUGCAUCGUCCUCAGCACCUUCGAGACCGUGCGGGAUGCCCUGGUCAACAAGGCUGAGGUCUUCAGCGACCGGCCCAACACACCCAACGCGGCCAUGGUCACCCAGAGGAAAGGUGUGGUGUUUGCACCUUACGGCUCGGUAUGGAAGAAACAGAGGAAGUUCUGUCACUUGACUCUCCGCCACUUCGGAUUAGGAAAGCACAGCCUGGAGCCUAAAAUUAUUGAAGAAUUCAAGUAUGCGAAAGCAGAGAUCCUGAAGCAUGGAAAGGAGCAGUUUAACCCCUUCCCCAUUAUUGGCAGUGUGGUGUCCAACAUCAUCUGCUCUAUGACGUUAGGCAGGCCCUUUGACUACAACGAUAAGGCAUUCAAGAGAUUACUGGAGCUCAUGUCGCGUGCUCUGGAGCUCUCCCUGAAUGUCCACAUCCUUCUGAUCAUCAUCUGCCCUUGGCUCUACUACCUACCUUUCGGCCUUUUCCGAGAGUACAGGCAGAUUGUGCUGGACAUCACAGCCUUCCUGAAGACAAUAAUUCAGCAGCACCGGGAAAGCCUGGAUGCCCAGAAUCCCCGGGACUUCAUUGAUAUGUAUCUCCUUCAUGCAGAUGAGGAAAAUAAGACGGACAGUGAAAGCAGCUUUAAUGACGACUACUUAUUUUUUAUCAUUGCAGACCUCUUUAUUGCAGGCACAGACACUAUGUCCCACACCCUAAAAUGGAGCCUGCUUUACAUGUCACUUCACCCACAAGAACAAAAAAAAGUUCAAGAAGAAAUUGAUUUGGUCAUUGGACACAAUAGACCUCCUUCCCUUGCUGACAAAGCACGCAUGCCUUUCACAGAAGCAACUAUAAUGGAAGUUCAAAGGAUGGCGGUGGUCGUCCCUUUGUCUAUUCCUCGAAUGGCCUCAGAAACUACAGAGCUCCAGGGCUACACCAUUCCAAAGGGCAGCGUAAUCGUUCCUAACUUGUGGUCUGUGCACAGAGAUACCAACGUAUGGGAGAAUCCAGAUGAUUUCUGCCCGGCAAGGUUUCUGGAUGAAAAUGGCCAGCUCGUCAAAAAAGAAACAUUUAUUCCUUUUGGAAUUGGAAAACGUGUGUGCAUGGGAGAACAACUGGCCAAGAUGGAACUCUUCUUGUUGUUUGUGAGCCUCCUGCAAAAUUUCACAUUUCAAUAUCCCGAAGACAUGAAGAAGCCAUCAAUGAAUGGAAGAUUUGGUCUGACUUUGUCUCCAUUUCCAUUCAACAUAAUUGCCUUAGAGAGAUGAAGGAACCUCAGACAAGAACGCUGCAAGAAGUUUGUAUUACUCUUAUCAAAUUUCAGGGCUAUACUUGUCGCCCUGGGCUCCUACUGGAAGGGUGGGAUAUAAAUUUAAUAAAUAAUAAUAAUAAUAUUAAAUGCACUUCAAUUACAAAAUCACCAACCCUGAGCAGGGAUAGAGAACUUGCAACUAAUAGGGUACCCAAACCUCACAAAGCACUUUCCCCUUAGCCAGGGGGCUCUUUUAUUUAGAUGUGAUGAAGCUCUUGAAUGUGGGAAACAAAUCCAAAGUUUUUCCCCAGGUAGCAUGCCAUCAUGUGGGUUAUAGUGCCUCCUAGCGUCUGAAGGCAAGAAUGCAAAGGAGUCAGGAUCCCAGCUGCUCCUUCUGGUCCCACUCCAGUUCAUUCUUGCCUUCAUCUGAGGCUAUUGUCUUUAUCCUUGUCUCCUAUUCUGUAUAGUGAGUUGAUUGAUUCUAUGGUGUGUGUUACUGUGUGUGCUUAGUGUGUGUAGGGGUGUAUUGUGGGGACUGGUAUAAGUUUUUGUUUUGGCUGUGAGGGUGAUUUUUCUUUCAGCCCCAACAGUGAAGUUUAGACCUCUUCACCCUUAACCCUCCCCACCUGUUCCAGGACCCUACCUAAUCCGCCUUCCUGGCAUGAUACCUAGGAAAACCACCUUUCAGGUGAGACCUACGGUCCAUUCUAGUUCUCAUAGUUGCAGGGUAACAAGUGACAAUUGGUGCAGAAACUGUUAACGAAAAUUGUCAGGCAUCAAGUGUCUUUUUAUAUUAGAUUAGGAGGAAAAGCUUGAAAAUCUAAUGUAUAUUUACAAUAGGAGAUAAAAAUCAACAGAGUAAAUAAUGGCUGUGAGUUUUGGAUAUCUCUUUCAUUCAAGAGUUGUGACAUCCUUUGACAAGGACACAUUGAAGGUGCACCAAAACAUAUCAUAAAAACAGGAUUCAUGUGGUGUUUGCUGUCAUGGGGUGAGUCCAGGUUCUAUCCACCUUCACUGUGAAGCCUUACACACCACUGAUUCAAGUGCUGAUUCAGUCUACAGGGUUGCCCCUCGCCUGUGUUUCAGGCAGAUAGACUUUUUUUUAACUUUCAAAGCAUUGAGUGUGCAUUUGUGUGCAAAUAUACAUUUCAUCCCUUUUAAUAAUAAAAAAGCAAAAUCAUUUUAAACUGUUGAUGGGUUGCUGACAUCACCAGUUCCAGACAAUCAGCACUGUGCACAGCUGAGGUCUGUUUCAACCAUGCAGUAUCUGUUUCCCCUUAGUUUAAUCUAGAAAUCACUUCCACAGCAGGCUUACUGCUCAGAUUAUAUGCAUCUGUAUGAACCCUGAGGUUUGUCUCUUGGUAUCUCAAUUUAUUACUGCUAACAAUACCUCUUGAAGUAGUAAACUCUCAUUUUCUUUCAUUAUUUCUUCUUAGGACUGGCCUGUAUUCUGAGUUUUCUGCAGAUCACCACUGCACUAAACCUGAUUUUUAGGUAGCAACCACCCUGCAGUAUUGGCUAACAACCACCCUGCACCCUGUAGUGAAUGUUUGAAGAUCAGUGUUGGUGCCAUAGGAAGCAGUGUUUACAUGGUUCAAAGUGUACUGCUCCGUAUAAUUGGGCAAAUCUUCACAUUUGAACUGUACAUGAUGACACAAGAGAAACCUCAAUUAUUGAUCCCAUAAUUCUCAUUUUGCUGUGUGUGGGAGGAACCCUUGUCCUUAUCCUCUCUCUUGUUCCUUCUCCCUUUGUGGGAAUGUGAAGGCACAAAUGGCAAUGCAUGUAUCCAUGUAAGACAGGAACUUUUUUUGUUAGCAUGAAUUUAGGCAAUUGCAUUCCUUCAUUGUGCUAUCUGUGCGCAUCUGAAUGAUGAUAAUUUUUUUAAAAGGUCAUCAAGGAAGAUGGCAGGCAUGUAAUAUUUCCCCUGCACACCUAUCAUACCUAUAUACCCUAGGAGGGAAAACUAUACUGCCAAAACCUUGGGUUGGCCAUUUUGGCAGGGGAUAACCCACUUUGAUAUAAACAUGGAGUUCAUUUCUAAUUCAUUCCCAAGGAGGAAUGAAUUAAAGGAGGUAGUGACAUGAGACAAAUGUGGUACAAAUCUACAAAUCAACACUCUGCAGGUUUGAGCUUCAGAAAGCUUGCAGUGUGGACAAGCCUCUAGGGAAGAUGACUCAGACUCUUUGGACAGUUCUUAAUAACUGGAAUAUUCAAUGGAAAAGCUGAAAUUGUACUGCUAAUGUUUAGCUAAAUACUGUUAAACAGCCAGACAUCAGUGGGGAAAAAUGCACUGCAAUGCUGCUAAUGCAACUAAUUCUUUGUGUGGGAUGUAAGCUGUCUUGUAAUAAGCCAGUCUUUUUAAUGAAGCACUUUAUAAUUUGUCAGGAUCCAAAGAUCUGUAUUCUUAUAUUUUAAUAGGUCUUAAAGGGCUCAUGAAUGAUAAUAUAUAUUAUAUGUAUUGCCUACAUCUUGCUGACAUUUACCUUGCCUGCUUUAUUUCCCCCCUCCUCGCCCCCCCCCAUGAAUUCCUUGUUUAGAAUUUUAGUAUGGAAGAUGUCAUUGCUGUUAGAAACUAGCAUUUGAGACCACUGCUGACUAUUUUUAAAAGAUGCCUAUAUUUCUACAUAUAGCUUGAGAUCUGUUUCUCAGUAUGAAUCUUUGUCUAAAUAAACCUUUUUUGUUUCAAAAGCA